AUGGAAAUCUCUUGUUUACUUGGUCAACAAGAAUUAGAAGGUAAACGUCCACCAAUGAUGCCAACUGGUUUUAUUGAUACAGCUGUAAAAACUGCACGUAUUGGUUAUUUACAACGUUGUUUAAUGAAACAUUUCGAAGGUUUAGUUGUUAAUUAUGAUUUAACACAUCAAAUGUUAGGUGCUAUUACUGAACGUUUAGAUGAUUUAAUAAGAAAUUAUAUAACAACACAUGGAAAAUUAGAUCAAACUAAUAUGGAUAAACGAACAUUUGAAAAAAUGAUUCAUUUUAAAUCACUUAAAUCAUCUAUUGAUCCAGGUGAAAAUGUUGAAAUUUUAGCUGCACAAUCUAUUGGAUAA